GGCGUUGACGAUAGCACUAUUGUGUUCACCAACUUCACCACCUGUAUUCUAAAUAAUAUUAUGUAAUAUACAUGUGACGAUAUAUAUAUAUAUAUAUAUAUAUAUAUCGUCACAAACAGAUAUAUCUAUAUAUAUAUAUAGAGUUUUCCAUCUGGUGUGGGCCUGUAGAGUCAUGGCGGAGGCAAAAGGUUCUUGCAAACAGGACGGCGAGGACUUGUGCUCUGAUUGUCACAGCAGCAGCGGCGGCAGCGGCAACAGCGGUGGCAAUGACAGCGGCGGUGGGGACCACCACCAUCCCCCGGCACAUGGAACUGUCAGGCCGGCCGUCACCGAUGUUAGGUUGAGCGAGAAGGAUCCCGACGAUCACGUCGGUUAUUCCGGCUCCAGGCACGGCGAAGAACUUCUCCGGGAAAGCUAUGGCUAUGGCGAGGUUGCGGACGUGAUGGACGUCAUCAAGCUGGUGCGGCAGAAAAUUACGGAAGGGCAGGUUGGAAUCCGGUCUGCCAUGCAGGUUGUGGAGAACGCGUUCAGAACCUGGCGCCGGGUCGGGAACGGCGGUGAAACUCCCCAAGUUGCGUUGUUUCUUACAGAGUUAUGGCGGGGGGUAUUUAUGCCCAAGCCAUGGGAGAAGCGGGCCGUGUUUUCGUCACCGGAUUCGCUUGAGCAGACCCUGUCACCUUCUUCGUCCUUCAACGAAGUAGAAGCAGCAUUUUGUGAGUGCUUCGUGCAGAGGUACAGGCAGCCAUACGCGCCGUCGGGCAGAAUGAACGCACUGCGAACACUCCUUCGCCUCAUUGACAAGGCCUGCGACAGCAACCUCCUCUACCUUCUUCCCCUAAGAGCCGUUGCACUGCUAGACAUACAGAUGCUUUGCUACUGUCGGAAUCAGCGCGACCAAGAAUGGGAGGUGGAGAGUGGAAUGCUCGAUGCCUACGACCCCGACGACAGCGGCGUGCCGACGAGGACCUCGGGCGAGAUGUGGAAACGACUAUCAUCGUUUUCACACUCCGACGUCGUUGAGCUUAUCCAGCCGUCAGAUUCCGACGCCGUGGACCUUUCGCAGCCUCCUCCGCACCUUGCGGAAGGAGAUACUACAGCUCCAACCGCCUCGCGGUCUCCAGAAGAGUUACGGCUGAUGAGCGUUGAGUUGAGCGUACGCCAGCAGCUCUUCGGAAUCUGCAAGGCUAUGGAAUUCACCUGCGCAAGUAAGCUCGCUCGAGUUUUCAGCUCUAGGACCCCCAAUCUUGUGCUACGGGCUAUUCGAGCUACCGAGGAGCGAAUUGCUGAGGCUGAGAGGCUGGGUCUGCAAGAGGAGGUUUUCCUAGGACUUUACGAUCUGGCGCUGCUAGGCAGUGAGGAGACUGAGACAGGCGAAUGGACGACCCGAAGGUGCACGGCUCUUUUCAUAAGAGUCAUAUGCUUCUGUAAUGUCAAGGGGUAUCAUGACUGGGGGGUGCUGGCUUACCGCAAGAUGUGGCUCGUUCGGCAAUCCGCCGCAGACGCAGUUCAUCUCGAUCGCAUGAGGUGUCGGAGUCCAGUCUUGAGGUAUGCCCGGAGACUGGUAGACAACAAUCCCGACUGCAUGAAGGCUUUGCUCACGGAGUUAAAAUUAGCUGCCGACGUGGCUGCCAGCCUCUUUGCUCUUCAGCUUCAUGAAAGGUCCAAGUCGGAGCUGAAGAACGCCUUGAGACUCUUCAACUACAUUUCCCAUGCCUUUGGGGACUCUUCCACGUGGUACUCGUUGGAAGACACCGUCUUCCGUUGGGCAGAGUGCAAUGAGUGCCUCGGUGGGGUGUCGAGAGACCAUGGUAUGUUCAGAGAGAGUCUUAAAUUCUAUCAGAAUAGCCGAGAAGCUUGGGAGAAGCUGCACCAGCUAACUUUAUUUCGAGAAACAUGUUUGUUGAUUGAGGAAUCGCACCCAAUCCCAGGUGGCAGGGACCCUGAGGAGCUGCUGGGCAAGGCCAUCGAGAAUCUCCAUGAGAUGAAGAGGAGAGGGGUGACCGCCGCGGAUGAGGUAGACAUGACCACGGUGGAUGAUUUAAUACGCCGGCUCAAUCUGAGGAUGCGAUUAAAAUGUAUAAGACGGAGAGUGCGAUUGCUCAGCAGUGCGCGAGAGGCGACCCCGAUGGACGUAAAGGAGGAGGUGAUGGUCCUGGCCUCUGGUGAGGAACACAAAGUAGUGGGGAUUGUCGCUCGUCUCCAUGAUGUGAUCGAGGAAAAGGAGAUAGCUGCGCAGUUGAGAAUGGUGGGCCUGACUCUCUUCAAAGAGCAGCAGAGGGCUUCAGGGAAGUUCUCGGAGGUAUAUCAGUCACAAUAUGGAGAGACAGAAGCAGCUCAAUUCCGUAGUGUGCAGAUGGACUGCAUAACUCGGCGUAGAAUUUCCGAUUCCUUUGUCUGGAGUGAAUGGUCUCGUCAUGGGUUCCUCUCCACUGUCCUGAUGGAUGUAAAGACCGAGAGUCCUUCCGCCGAUGGUGCUGGCAGCAGCAACAGCAGCAGUAGCAGCAGCAGCAGCAGCAGCAGCAGCAGCAGCAGCAGCAGCAGCAGCAGCGACAGCAGCAGCAGCAGCAGCAGCGGCAGCGGCAGCAGCAGCAGCAGUACCAGCGACAACAGCAGUAGCGGCAGCAGCAGUAGCAGUAGCAGUAGCAGCAGCGGCAGCAGCAGUAGCAGUAGUGGCAGCAGCAGUGGCAGCAGCAGUAGCAGUAGCAGUAGCAGCAGCAGCAGCGGCGGCAGCACUAGCAGCACCACUAGCAGCAGCAGCAGCAGUAGGGAUGCCAGUAGCAGCAGCAGCAGUAGCAGCAGCAGCAGCAGCAGCGGCUACAGCUCAAACGAGUGUUCUUUUAAGUGUGAGUCGGGAGUACAAUCAUUAUACAAGAAAUACAAAAGUGUCUCCCCAGGGGCUCCUAUGCGUGAGGCGCUGAAUUACAGAAGCAUUCUCGCCGAGCGUUUCGAGUCGUACAAGUGUACGACACUGAGAAUGAUCAUGGCGGGUUGCCGCCUGUGUGGCCCAAGGACAACGCUGAUCGAGUAUCAUUACACCGCACCAGACAUUGGAAAGGAAUCCGAUUCCGAGGAGCUUCUGAUCUAUGUCAUUACCAUCGAGGAUCGCAAGCUGGCGUGCGCUCACUUAAGGUACAAAAUGUCGGAUGGUGUGCAAUUCCACUUGCAGCGGCUGAAAGAACUGAUGGAGUCGCAUCCUUCGGGACGUGCAGGUUGUUCUUCGUGCGAUUCUUUCGAUCUUUUACAGCAGCCGACCGCUGCCGAUUCCGUAUCGUCGGAUUCUGCGCCACACUCGGGCUGCUCGGCAUCCAGUUGUCAUCAGCAGCAGGCCGCUAUGGCAACCUCCAGUAAAGGAGAGGGAUCCCGACGUGAGCAUCCACCCAGUUGCGAUCUUCCAUCGAACGUCCAGAGGCUUAGUAGUAGGACAGAAGAGCUAGAAAGGCCAGCAGGUCGACAGCAGGUUGAAGGGAAUCAUCAUCCAGCGUGGUCCAAUCAAGAAGACAAGGGAUGUCGACGGAAGGCGCAUCGCGGUCCCUGUUUCUCGAAGAAUGCCGCCAGGACAGCAGCCACGAAGGAGGCGCAAGAACAACGAGAGCGGCGACGAAUGAUGAGGAGCAUCCUAGAGAAGUUACACAGACUCCUGAUUGAACCCAUUAGGCAUUGCAUUCAGGACCUUUCCCCGGAUGACAAGCUCAUCAUCGUGCCGCAUGAUAUUCUGUGGGGAGUCCCCUUUGCCAUGUUACGGGACCCUCGACGACGCUCGCGGUCAAAUAAGCCGCAUCUAAUAGAGCGUCAUACGGUGGCGACUGUGCCUGGAGCUCAUCUUCUUCCUCUGCUUAAGGAGAGAAGUGAAGAUCUGCUUAACAAGAUGAUGUGCCCUCCGUCUGUUCCCGCAUCCAACUCUGAAGGACUUGCUGCUGCUGCAGUCGGAGGGGGAACGAAAAGGGAGGAUCAUAGAGCUUGGAAGUCCCUCGUUGUUGGUAACCCCUUGGUUAUGUCGGAGGACUUUGAUGUGGACGAUAUUGCUUAUGCCGGAGAGGAGGCGCAGACAAUCCACGACAUGCUUCGACCUGGAACUGCCACACUUCUCAUUGGAAGCCAUGCCACCAAGACUCGAGUGAUGGAUGCACUCUCAUGCGGGGCUCCGCUUGCGCACUUCGCGGCGCAUCUGCAGGUUGGUUCUCCAAGGGAAAUAGGCGAUAGGAAAGAUGUAUAUGGUGCGGAGAUGGGGAUUAUGCCGCUUGCUCGUCACACUGAUGAUGGCCAUCACUCGCCGACUAGGGAAGGGGAGGCUGACAUGCAUAUCAUCAUCGACGACAAGUCCGCAAAAAAAAACAGACCAGGUGCAGAUGGAACUCCUCCUCCAUCUGCCAGCGAACCUGGUCCGGAGUUCUGGCCGUGGCCUUCGGAUGAAGCCACCAAGAAGGCAAGGCUGCGCCUCGCCAAUUCACAUCUCAAGGAGGGGGAAGCAACAUCAGAAUCAGAUCUCGAUAUGCUGCUGGAGGGUCUCUCAGACAUCGACCCUCUAUCUUAUGAUGACGGAACUUAUCAACGUCGUCACUUUCAUCCUACGGGUCUGUCAGCUGAAGAAAUUCUUGAGAGCUUCAAAAAUGACUUGAGAACUCUCCUGGUAGUCUUAGGCUGCUGUGACUCAUCCAAGGGUCGUCGUCACCCCGACGAAAUUCUGAAUUUUGCCAGGGCGUUCUAUGUUUCCGGAGUUCCUUGUGUGGUUUCAUCCCUUUGGAAAGUUGAUGAUGAGGCUACGUUUGCAUUCAUGGUCUCGUUUUACUGCGCUCUUCGUGAAGGAAAGGAUGUCUCCUCCUCUCUACGUGUUGCCAUGCUGAGAAUGCUAUAUGCUGGACGGUCAUUGCCGACAACUGACACCGCCUCCCCCUCCUGCGUCUCUCUGUGCCCAAUGGUUGUCUGCUCUUUCGCCUGUGAAACUAGGGACCAACCUGCUCAGGGCGAGGAUGACCAGGAUAGUUUUUCUGGUUCCAGUUAUGUGCCGCAACUAGACGAUGAUAGUAAUCUCCUUUGGCAUGAGGAAGAGGACCUCGUCCGUGCUUGGAAUCGUGCGACGAAAAUCCUUCUGCCGGAACUUCGCCGUUCGGUACCACCGAAUCCGAUUGCAGAAGAGGUAGAGGAUGAAGAGGAAGGGGAUUGGGAUCCUUCGGAAUGGGGAGCGUUUCUGGCGAUUGGGCUUCCCACUCUAAAGAUGCCAGACUGGUUGUUUGCAUCGUCAACACUAAAUACCUGAGGACAAGGACAGGAACUAUUUCGACAAUCUGUUUCGGGAUAAUGGCUGGAAACCGCCCAUGGCAAACACUUUUUUUUUUUUUUUUUUAAAUAAUUUGGACCAUUUCUCGAUUUAUGCGUGUCAUCCUUGCGCAGGGGCCAUGCUCUAAUCAUCUCUCUCUGUAUCGUUCCAAUUUUAACGGAUGUCCCGAAGGACCAAAAACCUUUUUGGUUUUGGGCUCCCAGACUUUUCCCGUGUGGCAAGAAAGGACUACCGGCAAAUGAAUCUGGCGCACAUAC